AUGGAGAGUGAUGGCAGUGGCAUUAGGAGGCGUGUACAUGCAGAGGGCGAAGAUAAAGAAGGAGGAGCACAACAACGAGAAUAUUAUCCAGCCGGCAGCAGCGGUCCUUACUUACCUCUCCCCGGUGGCGAUGACAAUCGGUUGAAGGAGCUGGGUUAUAAGCAAGAACCUCGUCGCCAUCUGGCGAUUGGGAGUUUCACGACGAUUUUCAACAUCAUAUCGAUAAUCACGGGGAUCAGCACACUGUACCAUAUGGGCUUGGGUUUUGGUGGGCAUGUAACGAUGAUCUACGGCUGGCCCAUAGUGGGCUCUCUCACGCUAAUGGUGGCCCUCUCCAUGGCUAAGAUCUGCUUGGCUUAUCCCACAUCCAGUGGGCUUUACUUCUGGAGUGCAAAGUUGUGUGGCAACCAAUGGGGGCCUUUUGCGUCUUGGCUUACAAGAUGCCUUUGCCUAAACGACGACACAAUGCAUAUGGGCUUUUCUGUAAAUUCCUAA